AUGGGGUCUAUAGGUCUGCCGCCUGUAAGCGGAAUUCGAAUUGCCAUUGACCGCGGAGGCACAUUCACAGAUUGCGUGGCAUCUGUCCCGGGCCAAGAUGACAUUCUCGUCAAAUUACUGUCGGUAGAUCCAAAUAACUAUCGCGAUGCUCCAGUAGAGGCAAUCAGGCGAGUUCUGGAGAAGGCUACAGGAAGGCCGUAUCCCAAGGGCCGAAAGAUUCCCUUACAGGGCGUUGUUGAAUCCAUCAAAAUGGGAACAACUGUCGCGACCAACGCCCUGCUUGAACGCAAAGGAGAGCCUACUGCAUUUGUCGUCACUCGAGGAAUGAAGAAUUUACUCCAUAUCGGCAAUCAGUCGAGACCAAAGCUGUUUGAUCUAAGUAUCAAUAAGCCUGAUGUACUAUAUAGUGAAGUAGUCGAGGUUGACGAACGAGUAACCCUCGAAGCAUGGACGGAGAGGAAAACUCCAGUUACUAUCGACAUUGAAUCAGACCCCGCCUUAAUCAAAGGCAGCACGGGCGAAGUCGUUAGAAUGUUACAGCCCCUAAAUAUUGAAUCGACGAGGAAAUCUCUUCAGGAAGUCUACGACAAGGGCUUCCGCUCAAUUGCCAUCUGUUUGAUGCACAGCUACACCUUCCGCGACCACGAGCUAGCUGUGGGCAAAAUUGCGGAGGAGAUUGGCUUCACGCAUAUUUCUCUAAGUUCUGAGCUUUCGCCGACGAUAAAGAUUGUCCCCCGAGGCAAUUCUUCCACCGCGGAUGCUUAUCUAACUCCAGAAAUCAAGAGAUAUAUCGAAGGAUUCGAAAGCGGCUUUGAGGACUUGAGCACAAGCGGAUGUCGCUGCGAGUUCAUGCAAAGUGAUGGUGGCUUGGUUGAGUUUUCUGGUCUUUCUGGUCUACGCGCUAUCCUGUCUGGACCUGCCGGAGGUUGCGUCGGUUAUGCGCGCACUGCAUAUAUGGAGGAUGACAAAAAGCCUGUCAUCGGAUUUGAUAUGGGAGGUACAAGCACGGAUGUCUCUAGGUAUGCGGGUCAUCUGGAGCAGGUGUUUGAGACCACCACUGCCGGAGUUACAGUUCAGAGUCCCCAGCUAGACAUUAACACUGUUGCCGCUGGAGGUGGCAGCAUUCUUACCUGGGAAGCGGGCAUGUUAAAAGUCGGCCCGGAGAGUGCUUCUGCACAUCCUGGUCCAGCAUGUUACCGGAAAGGUGGCCCUCUGACAGUUACAGACGCAAACCUUGUCCUGGGCCGUCUCCGACCUGAAUACUUCCCCAAGAUCUUCGGUCCAAAUGAGGAUCUUCCUUUGGAUAUCGACAUCAGCCGGAAGCUCUUCGAGGAAAUGACUGCAAAGAUCAACGAGGAGGUACCAAUGAAGUUGACAGUAGAAGAAGUUGCUGCUGGAUUCCUCGACGUGGCUAACGAAGCAAUGUGCCGCCCAAUUCGAACUCUCACUGAAGCCAAGGGGUAUGAUGCCAGCUUGCACAAUCUAGCUUCAUUCGGUGGUGCUGGGGGUCAGCAUGCGUGCGAAAUCGCUAGAAAACUUGGAAUUUCACGUGUCCUUAUCCACAAGUACUCAUCGCUGCUCUCUGCAUAUGGCAUGGCUCUUGCAGAUGUCGUGCAUGAAGAACGUAGCCCCUGCGCCUUGGCCUAUAAGGCAGAGAAUUUCUCGGUUUUCUCUGAAGAGCUGGACAGACUGCAGGAAAAGUCGGUCAAGGCCUUGCUCCGGCAGCGCAUUGACAAGUCAAAGAUCAUCUCGGAGAGGUACCUCAACAUGAGGUUCCAUGGAAGCGAUACAGCCAUGAUGAUCCAAGACACAGAUGGAAUGGACAGUUUCCUGGCUGCUUUUGAGCGCGCUCACCAAGAGCAAUUUGGCUUCUUGCCUGUCGGCAGAGACGUGAUUAUUGACGAUCUUCGCGUCCGAUCUAUCGGCUCUAGUGGUGUUGAGGUGGAGAAGCCAUGGAAGCAAGAACUCGGUACUGUCAACCGAACACCUGUCUCUAGUACAUCGAAUACUAGAGCACUCUACUUCAAAGAGCUAGGCUGGACGCAAGCUCCUAUGUAUGAGCUUGGGGGUCUAGACUCGGGGUCUACGAUUGCCGGCCCUGCUCUUAUCAUGGACAGCCAGCAAACCAUUGUCGUUGCACCUAGGUCCACGGCAACUGUCCUUUCUAACAAUGUCAUCAUUGAUGUUGAAGUCGGCAAGAAGGAAACGAUUUCUGUUACUCAGGUUGAUCCCAUUCAGUUGUCGAUAUUUGGACACCGAUUUAUGGGUGUGGCGGAACAAAUGGGUCGCGCUUUACAGAAGACCAGUGUUAGCACAAAUAUCAAGGAGCGACUGGAUUUCUCCUGCACAGUAUUCUCUCCUGAUGGUGGGCUCGUGGCAAAUGCCCCCCAUGUGCCGGCUAUGAUUGGAAGUAUGGCCUUUGCAGUCAAAUGGCAGAUUGAUCAUUGGAAAGGCGAUCUUCGUGCGGGUGAUAUCAUCCUAUCCAAUUCCCCUGUCUGCGGUGGCACUCACUUGCCGGACUUGACAGUUAUUACACCAGUUUUUGAUGCGAAAGGGGAGAAGAUUAUUUUCUGGACCGCGUCUCGCGGUCACCACGCGGAUAUUGGAGGUAUCCUCCCUGGUUCCAUGCCUCCCAACUCCAAAGAGCUAUGGGAAGAGGGUGCCGUGAUCAGAUCGUUCAAAGUCGUGGAGAACGGGAUAUUUAAAGAAGAAGAGCUCACAGAGUUGCUCAUGGCCCCGGGCAAGAUCGAAGGGUGCCAGGGGACUCGAUGCCUCCGAGAUAACAUCUCAGAUAUAAAGGCACAGGCCGCGGCGAAUCAUCGCGGCAGUCAACUUAUCCACGCACUUAUUGAGGACUAUGGCCUUGAAGCAGUGCAAUUUUACAUGCAAGAGAUUAUCGGCGCCGCCGAACUCGCUGUCAGGCAAAUGCUGAAAAAAAUAGCGCGGAUGAACGGCGGAAAGGUGCUUGAAGCCGUUGACUACAUGGACGAUGGUACUCCAAUCCAGCUCAAAGUCAGCAUUGAUGAAGAGACCGGGGCUGCCACCUUUGACUUUGAGGGAACCGGCCCUGAAGCUUAUGGUAAUUGGAAUGCACCGAUUGCAAUCUGUAACUCAUCUAUUAUCUUUGCCCUGCGCUGCAUGGUCAACAUGGAAAUCCCGCUAAACCAAGGCGCAAUCAUGCCGAUCAAAGUUCUCGUUCCCGACAACUCGUUACUCCGACCAUCAGAAGAGGCAGCUGUUUGCGCGGGAAAUGUUCUCACCUCACAGCGCAUCGUGGAUGUCAUCUUCAAAGCCUUCAAGGCUGUUGCAGCAAGUCAAGGUUGUAUGAACAAUCUAACUUUUGGCACGGACGAUCCCGAGCAGGCCUUUGGUUACUACGAGACUAUCUGCGGUGGUGCUGGUGGCGGGCCAACAUGGGAUGGCACCAGCGGCGUUCACACUAACAUGACCAACACACGGAUCACGGAUCCCGAGGUCCUCGAACGGCGCUAUCCUGUGAUAUUGAGGCAAUUCUGCCUCCGAGAAGGAAGCGGUGGUAACGGUGCUCACCCGGGAGGCGAUGGUAUCAUCCGUGACAUUGAGUUUAGAAUACCAACUCAAGUGUCAAUCCUAAGUGAACGACGCGCCUUUGCACCGUAUGGCCUCGAAGGUGGUGACGAUGGAAAAAGAGGCGAGAAUAUCUGGAUCAAGGCCAACGGCCGGUCCAUCAAUCUAGGCGGCAAAAACACUGCCAUGAUGGGUGUGGGUGAUCGCAUCGUCGUCAAGUCGCCGGGCGGUGGAGGUUGGGGUAAGCCAUCGCUUGGAAAUGGUAUGAGCGCGUCAUCCGAUCCAGUGACAAGCGUCCAAAAGUCUUUCCAGGCUGUCGCUGGCGGUACUGUCGCAAUGAUCCAAGCCAUGGGCGACUCUGCGUAG